AUGGCCCGCAGACGAAAACACAGGACCCACCGGAAGGGUGCAAGUGCAGCUGGAAUUAGUGAGGAUGGCGUUCCGAAGUCGUUUGUCAUCAAACAUGGACAGGUUGGAACAUCUCUGACCCAGCUAGUUCGUGAUUUGCGAAAAGUCAUGGAGCCCAACACUGCGACUCGUCUAAAAGAACGAAAACGAAACAAGCUUAAAGACUUCUUCACUAUGGCCCCGGUGCUCAAAGUCACGCAUCUGCUCGCGUUGACACUCACCGAUCUGGCACCCUCGCUGCGUCUCGUUCGCCUACCAGUCGGACCUACUUUUAGCUUCCGGGUUGAGAGAUACAGCCUCAUGAAAGAUGUACAGAAGAUCUCAAGGUCAGCACUAAGUCAGGGUCUUGAAUACCUGACGGCCCCUUUGCUCGUCCUUGCAUCUUUUCCUCCCCCAUCACCCACUACACCGGCCCACCUCCCUCUCCUCAUGAAAGCCUUCCAAUCCAUGUUCCCCCCGCUCUCGCCAAAGUCCAUGUCACUCUCUGGAGCUCGUCGCAUCGUUCUCAUAGCCUACAAUGCCGAGCGAGGCACAAUUGACUUCCGGCAUUACAUCAUAACAGUUAAACCUUACGGUGUCUCCAAGCGCGUACGACGCGUGCUCGAAGGCACCUCUCAAAAGUCUUCUGGAUCUUCGUCAAUGACUCGGGUUCUCGACCUCGGUAAUGAAAAGGACGUUGCUGACUUUCUACUCAGAAAAAAGGGUGAACGUGGUCCCGACAGCGAGGCAGACUACGAGUCUGCUGCAUCCUCUGCGUCAAGUGUCGCGGGGGAUGAAGGAGAUGCUGUUUCACUAGCGGGUGACUAUGUAGGGAGGAAUAACAAGAGGGGGCAGAAGAAGGCCAUUAAGCUUAAUGAGGUUGGUCCGAGAUUAGAACUGAGGCUGGUUAAGAUCACCGAAGGGAUCCCUGGAAAGGAUGGAGAGGUGAUGUAUCAUGAAUUCGGUGUGUGGCUGCGUAUCAGAUUGCGUACUUCCGUCGCUGACAUAGUUGCAGUCAAGAAAAGUAGGGCCGAAGCUGCCGCGCUCAGAACGUCACAUGCCGAAAAGGAGAGGUUGAGGGAGAAGCGAAGAAAAGAGCAAGAUGAAAAUGUCCGGCGCAAAAAAGAAAAGGAGGUAGGCAAACAAAAAGACUUCAAAUCGACACGAGAGGACUCCGAAAACUCGGCUGACGAAAGCGGUGAAGAACGAAGCGAGGGCGAGUGGGAUGAAGAAGAGGAGAUCAGUGAUGAUGAGGAUGUUGAAGGUGAAACAGAUGCUGAGAGUGAAUCUGAUGAAAUCGAGAAGCCACCGCUGAAGAAGUCCAAAACGCGAAUAAAAUCGUGA